AUGCCUCCGUCCCCGAGACGGCCGCGGCACUGGAGCACCUUGCCCGUUGUCAGGUUCAACCAUGCGGAUAGCAUCGCGCCGUAUAAUGGCGUGGUUGCGGUGACUGCUAACCCUCAGGUUGUUUCGGAGGAGGAGGUACAGGAUCCUGCGUUUCGGAAAAUCAUGGAGCAGUGUGAAAAUGUUGCGGAGCUGAUUGGGGCUACAGCUCCGAUUCGAGUGGAUAUACGACGGUUCAGCAAGGGAUCUCCUUUCGCGCUCUUUGACAUUAACAUGAAGCCGAAUUUGACUGGCCCCGGGCGUCCCGGGCGCGAAGAUCGAGCAAGUUUGACUGCUCUGGCAGCGGCAGCUCUUGGCUGGGACUAUGGGACUUUGCUGGAGAAUAUUCUACGGACGGCUCAGCCUUUCGAUGUCUUUCGCAGUUAUUGCAGUCCUUUAAAAUAG